AUGUCGUUGCGCAGACGGGAGUCUGUGGUCUCGGUGUGGACUGUGGGAGACUCUGAGCUGCACUGGGAACGUGUCCGCGCUCGUGCACGAUUUGUGUUCUGUUCUUUCUCUUUCAGACCUGAAGGGGGCAGCGACGUCAGAGAUCGAUCAAAAGACCUUUUAAUAAACUUCAAAAAGCCACGUUUACCAAAACGUGGCCUCAGAUCCAAGAAGGUCCCGUCCAGAGGAAACGCUCCACCUGCAGCAAACGUGACCACGCCCACAUCUGCAUUUACUCCACCCACUCCCUCACUGGCCCCGCCCACUCCCUCAUUGGCCCCACCUACUCCAUCAUUGCCCCCGCCCACUCCCUCAUUGGCUCCGCCCACUUCGUCAUUGGCUCCGCCCACUUCCUUAUUGGCUCCACCCUCUGUCACAAUCAGGAGUCAAGUCGAGGUCAAUGAGGAGGACGACCGUCGAGUGAACAAAGAACCUUGUUAUUCUCUGUGGUCACAGAGAGAACGUGAGGACAUGGAGUUACAGAGGUCUCUGCAGGAUCUCGUCAGGUAA